CAUGUUCAACAGGUAAUAUAUAUGAAGAGUUAGGCUGAGGCCGCGCAAAGCGUUACCUGGUCUCACUGUGUGCAAGCUGGUUAGAUUUCUGUCAGACGAACCGGGAACAGACAUUUGGAGGAAUCUUCAAGACAAAAUUUCAAUGAGGGAUCUCACACUGGCAUGGCGGUAGUGUGAAGCAGACAUCUUGAUUUCAUGUGGAGCAUGAACAACCAGGUGAAAAUGGUUCUGCUUGGUCGUCAUGGUUGCGGCAAAACUGCAGUGAUAGAAUCAUUUCGUUGGACAUCCAUUACGCAGCCAACAUCUUCGCUUUUGGCGGACAAUGUUCACACAGUGACAAAGCAUGACUCUAACAUAAGCAUUAUUGAAACGACUGGGCUGUUUGCAGAAGGACAAGAUAUAAAAGCAAAUAAAAUGAGACUUGCAGAAUCGGUGUACACCUUCACACCAGGCCCUGAUGCUUUUGGGCUUGUAGUUCGAAUAGGUCGAUUUACGCCAGAAGUGAGGACAAUGAUAGACACUCUUAGAGAAACGUUUGGUGAAGAUAUGUUCCGAUUUACCGUCCUCAUCUUUACAAGAUUGGAUGAUCUCAAGUAUGAUGGCAUCACUCUGGAGAAAUACCUACAAGAGAGUACACCAGAGCUGAAGAGUGUCCUUGAUGCCUGUGGGGGAAGAUACAUCGGCUUUGACAACACAGGAACGUGGGAAUCCAGAGCGGAGGAUGCCGAUAAACUUCUAUCCAUGUUGAAGAAUCUCCAGAAGCAGAACAACAACAUGGUCUAUACAGUGGCCAUGCUCGAGUACGCCACAAGGUGUCAACAGAAGAAAGAGGAAGAAGAUCGGAAUCAACAAGAUGAGCGCAACCGAAAUAUUAAAGAAGAGUUGAAAAGUACCAUGAGACAGGAACUUGAAGAACAGAUAAGAAGAGAGAUGCAAGCUGAACUCACGUCAAACACUCAACAGACAUGUAUUACAACAGGAUGUAAGCCACGCAAACUCCAAACACAAAUAUAUACCAGACAGACUGUUGAAUCGGGGGACAAGUUCAAUGAGAGAAUACCAAAAAAAGGUGCUAAUCGAUCCAAACACGAAAGAGGACCAAGGCCGGAGUUGAAGCCAAAGCCUACAACUCGAAAAGUGCAAGAAAAUAUCAUUUCCCGAGACACUCAUGAGCAAGAUGCUGCUCAAAACGAAAGACAUGCAACUGUAGACGACACCAGUGGAAAUGAUGCCAAACCAAAACGAAGCGGGCUGAUUGCAAGAAUGCUUCAUUUUUGGGAGUCUUUUCUGUGGGUAUGUGCAACCUGUUAUCAUAACAACGAUGCCGCCAAUGACAGUUGUCAAGAAUGUGGAACAUCCAAAUUGACGAGGAAGAGAAUUGUGAAAAGGGAUGCACAACGGACAUCUCCUCCCCUGCCUGUUCAGGCUCCUCCACCUCCUCCAUUGCAGAUGGUCGAUCAAGUCUACAGUAAGCCAACGCAGAAGGUGGCCCGUGUCAAUCCUUUUCCAAAACCCUCACGACAAGGAAUUGAAUUGGGCGAAUUGAGACUGGUACUACUUGGUAAAACUGGAGCAGGAAAGAGUGCAACAGCAAACACAAUAAUGAAUAAGAAGGUUUUUGAUUCAAGAUCGUCAAUGACCUCGGUAACCGAAAAAUGUCAGUUUGUUCAUGGCGAUUUUUUUGGCAACACCAUCCAGAUUGUUGAUACACCCGGAUUAUUUGACACCAACACAAAGAAGGAGGUUAUUGAUACAGAAAUUAAGAAAUGUAUUGCACUUUCGGCCCCAGGACCACAUGCCUUUUUGUUGGUUUCAUCCUUAACCAACAGGUUCACAGAGGAAGAAGGGAAAGUCUUUGACGAAAUUGACGACAUGUUUGGGGAGCAAGUGCUCAACUACAUGGUCAUCGUCUUCACUGGAAGAGAUCAGAUCGAACCUAAGACAGUGGAGAAACACAUUCAAGGCGCACCUGACAAAUUAAAACAGAUUUUAAGUAACGCUGGAGGAGGAUAUGUCACCUUCAACAACAGAGGAAAGGAACUUGAAAAGGAAGCGGAUGUAAAAUGCCUUAUUCAACGCAUCAAAGACACAGUGAAUAAGAAUGGAGGGAAACAUUUCACCUCAAAAAUGUUCCAGGAGGCAGAAGAAAUUAUUCAAGAGAGAAUCAAGAGAGAUAUAGCUGACAAAGAAAAAGAGAUGAGAAGGGAAAUUGAGGAAGAAUUGCGCGAAGAGAUGAAGGAGUUCAUGCAGAACGAGAGGGAGUAUUACGAGAAGCUUCAUGAAGCCAAUGUGAAAGAAAUGGAAGAUUUAAAACUUCAACUAAAGGGAGAGCGGGAUAAACAUGCCAGAAAGCGUUCACUUGUUAUAGAGAAGGAGAGGACCUUGGGGGAGCUGGUACAGAGUGAGAUGGAGAUGAAGACGAAGAAGAACAAACUUGUCCAGCAGUUGCAGAAGGCUGAUGGUGAAGAGAAAGUGCAAAUGCAGCGUCAACUGGCAAAUGUUGGGGAGGAGGUGACGCGCAUACUUGCUGAAAGGAAGAGAGUAGAAGAUGAAGUCACAAAUGACCGAUUUUCAGCAGAAUGUAAUUUGAGAGCACAACAAGUAAGAGAAACUGAAAGGGGAAACAUACAGAACGAAGAUGAAGCAACACUCAGUAGAUUCGCUGCAGGCAUGAAGAAUAUGGGGAGGCGUUUUCUCAAAUUAUUUAAGUAGGCAUACAUAGUGUGCCAUUUAGUGAAGAUGAAGCAACACUUCGAAGAUUCGCUGCAGGCAUGAAGAAUAUGGGGAGGCGUUUUCACAAGUUAUUUAAGUAGGCAUACAUAGUUAUGACAUUUAGUGAAGAUUAAGCAACACUCCGAAGAUUCGCUACAUACAUGAAGAAUAUGGGGAGGCGUUUUCUCAAGUUAUUUUAGUAGGCAUACAUAGUGUGACAUUUAGUGAAGAUGAAGCAACACCUCGAUGAUUCGCUGCAGGCAUGAAGAAUAUGGGGAGGCGUUUCCUCAAGUUAUUUAAGUAGGCAUACAUAGUGUGACAUUUAGUGAAGAUGAAGCAACACCUCGAAGAUUCGCUGCAGGCAUGAAGAAUACGGGGAGGAGUUUUCUCAAGUUAUUAUCACCCGCCACGAAGUGGAAGGGGGAUAUAGGAAUGGGUGCGUCCGUCCGUCACAUUUCGAAAGUAUUUUUCAAAUUUCCAUGGCAACGA